AGCGCAGCGCGCAGUUGGAACAACGGCAAAACGGCACAAAACCAAAAACCACUUGGAGUACCAAUACAAACAGCUUAAUGCGAAGCAAAAGCGAACACUAGGCGACGACGACAGCGACGAGGAAACAAUUUCGAACACAUAGCUGCUUGUAACGGCACAGAGUAGACGCGAGUGUACGCAACUUCAGUUCUACUUGGCAUUCGAUUGCGUUGAGUUCGUUUCAGUGGUGACGUCGCUCCGAUAGUGAGUGUGUGAAUUAAAGCAAAUAAAUAUUACAAAAUAAUUAGCAAAAAAAAAAAGAACGCAGUGACGAAAAAAUUCGUACGAAACGGCGCGAAUUUAUUUUUAUUUUUUUCGAUAAAAAAUAAAAUAAAAUAUUUCUAAAUAAUUGUGCAAAGUGUUCUUUGAAGCAGAAAAUAAACAAAUUUACUGAAAAUACUGCAAAUAAAAAAGCCAAAGCACACACAAACGAAAAGUGUGUCGCCGUUCCGACUUUUGACAAUUUUUGGUGCGCUGUCAAAACGCUUAUUGGCAUUUGUACGCGUGUGCGUGUGUGUUUUAUCAACAGCCAGCCAGCGUGUAUUGGCAAGUGUGUCAGCCAGCCAGCGUGUAUUGGCAAGUGUGUCAGCCAGCAGAAUUCCAGCGUACGCAGUUGCACGUGCAAUUAAUGCAUUUUCCUUGCCACAACCUGCAACGCAGCUGUAAAUUAACAAAAUUACUUUUGUAAUCCGAAAUUGGUUUAAUUUGCCGGCAAACAGCUUUUCGAGACAAAAAAACCGACAAAAAAAUAACAAGUGAAAAGUGUUUAAAGAGUGACUGAAAGCUGCCAGCAAAGUGUUGCUGCUGAACUCAAAUUGCUGAACAAUAAAUAAAAGCAACUAUUUUUUUGUAACACAAAUAAAUAAAUGCGGUGAAUUAGAACACACGCGCUGCAAAAUUAAUUGGAAGUAAAAAUUUACAAUAACAAAACUAUAAAAAACAACAACAACAAUAACAUUUUGCAUUUUUCGUGUAAACGUCACACAUUUUUUGCCAAAUUUUUGUGUUGUGCGCUUAUUUCGGACGAUAAUUGAAAAAAGGGAAGCCGGUCAGUACUGCUAAAAAUAAAUCAGCACUCUCACACAUCUACAUACACACGAAUAUAUAAAAAGAGUCACGCUAAACGUACGCAACGAAGUUGAAGGGACGCAGCAACAAGUUUACAAUUAUGGGGCAACACAAGCAACAACAACCACAAGCACCUAGACAACGGUGGCGCGUAUGCGGUUUACAUGCGUUUGCAGUUUUAUAUCUCUGCUGUACAUUAAUAGAUCUCACACUAGCUGAAAUCGAACCUAAAUUGGAGAUUUUCCCCAUGCAAGGUGUGCAACGCAAACCUGUCGGCAAAUCAUUGAUUUUAACCUGCAAACCCAUAGUGCCCGAUCCGAAUUUGGUAUCCGAUUUGCAAUGGAAGGACAAUAUGAACAAUACCAUACUGCCGAAACCGAACAAAUACUAUUAUCCACUGUAUGAUUCCAAAGGACGUAGAUUACCCGCUGUCACUGGCCGCAAUCAGCCACCGAUGUAUACGGAAACUUUGUCGGAAAGUUUGGCGCUGAUGAUCACCUCGCUGUCGGUCGAAAUGGAAGGCAAAUAUUAUUGCACCGCCUCCUAUGCAAAUACGGAAUUAAUGAAUACGAGCGUUAUAAUUAAAACUUAUGUCGCCAUCACAUGGACAAAUGCUCCGGAGAAUCAAUACCCCAUACUUGGUGAAGACUACACUGUCAAGUGUGAAGUGAAGGCCGAUCCCAAUCCGACCAUAGACUGGCUCCGCAACGGUGAUCCGAUUCGCACUGGUGAUAAGUAUGUCGUAGAAGCACAUGGUUUACUCAUACGUAAUGUACAAGAGUCCGAUGAUGGCAUUUAUACUUGUCGUGCAGCUGUAAUUGAAACUGGUGAACUACUUGAGCGCACCAUACGCGUAGAAGUCUACAUACGUCCAGUUAUUACACACUUACCAGUCACACUUGAAGCCGUCGAAGGCAAACCGUUUGCCGCGAAUUGUACAGCAACUGGCAAGCCAGUACCGGAAAUUUCUUGGAUAAAAGAUGCCGCUCAACAGAAUGUCGCCACCGCCGAUCGUUUCCAAGUGAACCCACAAACUGGUCUACUCACUAUUAAUUCAGUCACGCAAGACGAUUAUGGCACCUACACUUGCAUCGCCAAGAAUGACGCUGGCGUGGUGGAUAAGAAGACCAAAUUGAAUGUGCUGGUGCGUCCACAAAUCAACGAGUUCUACAAUGUAACCGGUGUGAGUAAGAAAGAAAUUGCUAUCACUUGCCGUUCGAAGGGACGUCCCGCACCUGCAGUCACCUUCAGACGCUGGGGAACCGAGGAGGAAUACGCACCAGGUUUACAAGCUGAUGAUGAACGCAUCUCUUUGGAGCAACAUUUUGAUGAGGAACGCGGCGAAAGCUCGGGCACGCUACGCAUUACAAGCACUACACGCAACGACGAUGGGCUAUAUCAGUGUAUUGCGCGCAAUAAGGGCGACACCGCUUACAAAACCGGUCAUAUAACUGUUGAAUUCGCACCAGACUUUUCGCACAUGAAGGAUCUGCCACCAGUCUUCAGCUGGGAAGAACGUAAAGCCAAUCUCAGUUGUCUAGCACAAGGAAUACCAAAUGCAACCAUCGAAUGGCGUUGGAAUGGUCGCCCACUUAAGGAUGGUAUUGAUAAGAAUCUCGUCAUUGUCGGUACUGGACCACGUAGCGAUCUGAUUGUACAUCCUGUUGCACGUCAAUACUAUUCCGUUUACAAAUGCAUUGCCACCAAUGUACAUGGUACCGCCGAACACGAUAUGCAAUUGAAAGAGGCACGUGUACCCGAACUAGUUGCCGCCGCGAUACCGCGUCAGCUUACCGCUACAACAAUCACCUUUGACAUACGCGGACCACCAACGGAACUUGGACUGCCGAUUACCGCCUACAGUGUACAAUACAAAGAGGAUAUUAACCCAGAUUGGAGGACAUCACUGAAUCGUACCUGGUCACCAGAUUCGCCAUACAUCGUGGAAGGACUGAAACCACAGACAGCUUAUCAAUUCCGCUUUGCAGCACGCAAUCAAGUUGGUUUGGGUUCGUGGGGCGUAAACCAACAGCAGUCGACACCCAGACGUUCAGCGCCUGAAGAGCCCAAGCCACUACAUGCGCCAGUGCAAAAUGACAAGGAAGAACCCGUUGUUGUGUCGCCGUACUCCGACCACUUUGAACUCAGAUGGAGCGUGCCAGCUGACAAUGGUGAACCCAUCGAUUUCUAUCAAAUCAAAUACUGCCCAGGUGUUAAAAUGGCCGGUACUUGGCAUGAACUGGAAAAUCAAUGCGUCUCGCAGGACGUCGUCGAGACCACAUCAUAUGAGAUGUCGCGUCUAAGUGGCAAUACCUACUAUCGCAUCGAAUUGCGUGCGCACAAUGUGAUCGGUUUCUCAUCACCAGCAUCGAUUGUUAUGAAGACGACACGAGGUAUCGAUGUCAUACAAGUAGCUGAACGGCAAGUGCUCUCCUCCGCCACCAUUGUGGGUAUAGCUGUGGGCGGUGUGUUGCUGUUGCUCUUUAUCAUCGAUCUGCUAUGCUGUGUAACGGUACGCAUGGGCGUAAUGGCUACUAUGUGCCGACGGGCGAAACGUUCGCCAUCCGAUAUUGAUGAUGAGGCGAAACUGGGCAGUGGGCAGUUGGUUAAGGAGCCUCCACCAUCACCGCUACCAUUACCGCCACCAGUUAAACUCGGUGGAUCACCAAUGACAUCGCCAUUAGACGAAAAACAGCCUUUGCAGACACCAACCGGCAGUGUGAAACAAAAUUCCACCGUCGAAUUCGAUGGACAGUUCGUGCAUUCGCGCAGUGGCGAAAUACUUGGCAAAAAUUCAGCUGUGUGAAUGAACAUGAAAGUAUUCUAAAGACUAAACGAAAUCACACAAAACGGACAAAUUAUUGCAAACGUUCAAAUACAAGCGUUAAAAUACUUAUAUAAAACAAGGACGAAUAUGUUGAACAACAAAAUUUCUUCAAGUGUACGUGUUAAGUGACAAUGCAAAGCGACGCUGUAGCACUGGUGGCGAACAAAUUAAUACAUUACUACUUGAAUGGAUACGAACAAAUAGAUAUGACAACCAAAAAUACAUUAACUACACACAAACGUAAUUAUAGCGCAGUUGUAAAAAAAUAUGCUUAAUUUUAUAAACAGAGAAAAAAUAUUACAGCUUUUUUAUGUUUCCGCUAAAUAUAAUUGCAAGAAAUAUGCAUUUAUUUGCUAAACAACAUAAGCUUAAAACCAUACGUAUUAUACAGUGAAUUACAUGAAAGUAGUAAAGUCGAUUCCAAAUGCAAAAGAAAAGAAAAAUUUCCAUAAAACCAUAUUUCCUUAAAAAUAAUAUUUUUUUAAAUUAUUUUCUAUAUAAUUUAAGCUAUUUUCCAAACACAUCAUAACCGUAUAUAAGCCCAAAAGCUCUCUAGUAAACUGCUACAUUCAUAAUAUUUUAAGUGCAUCAUUUACUUGACCUGCAUAACAGAUAAAUCCAUUCAUUUCUGCCUUAAAAUAAUAAAUAUAACAUUCAUUUAGCAUUAAUAUAAAUACAUUAUAAUUGAAAUGUAUUAAUAAAUAUUGAUAAUUAAUACUAGUUAUGCUUAAUUUGCUGUUAUUAAGUGCUUAUAUAUGAGAAAAAUAUGCAAAUGGCACUAAGAUUUAGACUAGGACUUAAGAUAAGUUAAACAAUUUAAAAAUAAUAUUUUAAUUCUAUCUAAAUGUAGUUUUUUAUAUUUAUUUAAUAAGCUUUACGUUCAGAAACAUUAAUUUGUAUCGUUUUAUUGCAAGAAAAUGUACUUAAAUGUAAACACCGUAAGACUAUUAAAAGCUGUGUGAGAACGAAAAAUUUAUUUAAUUAAAAACUGCAUACUUUGUGGAAAUUAUAAUAUAAUUCGAGCAUAUUUAAAUUAUAAAAUUAUUUACAGAAAAAAAUAAUAUUUGAAUAAUAUAAUAUUUAUUUAUCAGAAGAAAGCUAUUAAAAUUUAUUUAUUUUGCUUUUCAAACUUAUCUACCAAAUUAAAGCAAAAUGGUAAACAAAAAAUUAUUAAAAUAACAUCUUAUAAACAGUAUCAGCAAAUUAAUUGGAAACGUAAUGCGGAAUAUUAUUUGAUAAACACUUUAAUAAAACAUAAUCAGCUUUGCUUAAAACUAUAUGUUCCAACUCAGAACACAUUAACAUAUUAUAAAUUAUAUUUCAUUAUUUUAUAAUUAUUUAUAAUUUGUAUAAUAAAAAUAAAAUCAUCGUGAAUGAACAAAAUUGAAAACUUCAUAACAAACCAUUAAAUAUGUUUUCUGAUUUUUUUUUGUUUUUUCAAAUAAGAAAUAAAAUACUUAAUGUGUAGCUAAACAAAAUAAAAUUAUUAUUUUUAACACACUUUUAACGAGAGCACAGAUUCCAUAAUUUAUUAAAUAAAAACUCAUUUAGUCGUUAAAUAUAUGAUGCGUUAUUAAUUAUAAUGAUUAUAAUAACGCAUAGAUAACAAUUGUAUGUCAAAUGUGGCUUAUGUGUAUAGAAAAGAGAGAAAAUUAUAUAUAAUAUAUUUAAUAUAAGAAUGUAACAUUAAACAAAGAUACAUUGCUCAGAAAUUUUCGCCAAAGAUAUGGAAACUUGCAAAUGAAAUUGCUAAAAUAUUAAAGUGUGAACGUAGCUUAAACCAGUUAAGAAAUAUGCUCAAGCAUUGUCAAAAACUACAAUUUUUGGUGUUUAAAAAUAAAUUAAAAACUAAACAUAAAUGAAAUUUAGCAAACCUGUUGGUAAAAGGGUAUUUUUGUGUAAUAAUUAUAAACAAAAAAUAAUAAUUUUUAUAUAAUUUCAAUUAAAAACCAAUUUAGAGAAAUUUCAAUAAAGCGCAAUGUUGUCAAAAAGUUAUUUUCAAUUCAAUUUCAUGAUUUUAUUUAUAUACCUACUAAA